GAAUUUCCUCGACAGCUGGCGGCUUGCUGUUGAUUGUUGGAUAGAUUGACGUCGGCUUAAUUAUCUAGCACGCGCGCGAAACAUGGACGACGGUAAUGAUGAGUUAUCAGAAGCUGGGGUUGACCUGGACUUGCUCGAGUUGCUAAAUUCGCGUAGCGGUGACGGCACCAAAACAGUAGAUAUGCUUGGGCUGGGCCGUAGGCACGGCAGAAGCCAGCUGGCAAAACAGCAGGCGCAAGAGGAGGAACAGACCGAUGGCAUGUCAGGCACGGCGGAGCACGAGCGCGCCGCGCUCAGGGCAAUUGUUCGGGCACUUCAGGCCAAACUGGAGCUGGAGCAGCAGCAUCAAGAUGUCCACGCCAUGCUGAGCCAUGAGCAGCAGCCCCUGGCGCCGUCGGCCAAACAGCACACGGCCCAGGGGCAGCAGCGCCACGGCCCGUUGCGGCGCUCCCCGUCACCGGCGGUGUCCGGCCGUUGUCCCGGUGCCAGGCUGGCGGCAGCAGCCGUGAGCAGCUGCAGCUGCAGGUCCAGGAACCAGCGCGCAUUGGCAGCCGGCGCUGCUUGCUGCAACCGCUGUGCGCGGACCAGCAGUCGGGCGGCGGCGACUGCCGCCGUCACCGCAACCCCGGGCGCCGCCGCCGCUCACGGCGCAGGCACGGGCGGUGCCGCCGGCGCAGUCUCAUGCAUGGUCGGCGUCACGCGCCCCGCCGCUGCCGGCGGCCCUGGCUGCGGAGGCCACGCCGGCAACACCAGGCGCACAGCCGCGGCUUGCUGCGGGGCAGCGCCUGGAGCAGGGGGCGCCACAUCAGCAGGGCCAGCACCAGGGACAGCAGCGGCCGAUUGCCGGGCCUGCCCCAGCAGCACCAUGGCAGCCGUGGCGACGGCCGCGGGGGCGGUGGCUGCGGGGGCCGCUGGGCAGUGCCCGCCCGAGUGCGACGACGCGGUCGGCGGCCUGGCGGGCCUGUCCCGCGGCGCGCUGGUGGCUCGACUCCGUGACAUGGAGGCACAGAUGGUAGCGCUGAGGCGGUCCGAGGCGCUCGCCCGCCAGCGUUGCGAGUACAUGGCGGACGGGCUGCGGGCGGGCAUGAGCGGCCGCGGCGCGGCGGCGCGACAGGCGGAUGCGGCGCGCAAGGUGGCGGCACAGAGCGAGGAGGAGCGGCGGGCUCUGCAGCGGCGGGCGGAGAACCUGUCGGCGUUCUUGAAGAGGGAGAAGGACGCGCGGGAGGCUGCCGAGCGCGACCUGGCCUCUGAGCGGCAGCGGGCCGGCGGUCUGGCGGUGCAGCUGGCGGGCGCGCAGCAGCAGAUGGCGCACAUGCAGGACCUGCUGGAGGAGGCGCGGAUGCAGUAUCGCCACUUCUUGGACAUCAACAAACAGGCAGUGGAGCGCGCCGCGCGGCUGCAGGACCGCCUCCGCCGCGCCGGCGCCUCCCUGCACGCCGCCCGCGCCGCCGCCGCCGCCGACCGGCUGCGGCGCGAGCAGGCGGAGGCGGCGGCGGCGGGCUGCCGGCGGCUGGUGGAGCAGCUGUACGGGGCGCGGGCUUCCGGGCAGCUAGGCGAGGCGCUGCAGGAGCAACUGGGCGCCCUGCUUGGCCGGCAGCACGACAUGGCGGCGGCGGCGGCGGCGGCGGCGGCGGCGGGGCAGCAGGGGCGCCGGCGGCCGGGCCGGGCCGGCGGGGGCGCAGUCAGCUCUGAGGACUCGGAGGAGGACACGUGCAGCGGCCGCAGCAGCCCGCGCGCGGCGGCGGCGCCGGUGGCAUCUAGCAGGCGGCCGCAGCCCUCAUCAGCAGCAGCUGCAGCAGUGGCAGCUACGGCCGCAGCAUCUGAUCGGGCAGCGCCGCCGCCUCCACUACCCUCUCUGGCCGCCAUCGCGCAGGCUCUCGCUGCGGGCCAAGACGGGGCCCUGCAGUCCCAGCGGCCGGGAGACACCACGCCCGGCGUGCCGCUGCCGUCCGACGGCGGCGCGGGGCCGGCGGGGCUGGCCGCCGCCCUGGCCGCGGUGCUGUCAGCCAACGCGGCGUCCGCCGCCGCUGCCGCCGCCCGCGGUCCCAAGGGCGCGGGAGGCGGGGCGUCGGAGGCGGGCAGGGGCGCGGCAGUGGGUGCCGGGGCUGCGGGGGCGGGGGCGGGGGUGGGCGGUGAGACGCCGCCCGCCUUCCGCCGCCUCCACCGGCGGCUGCAGGCCCAGGCGGGGCUGCUGUCGGGGGCAGCCGGCAGCGCUGAUGCCGGCACGACUGGUGCCGGCACGACUGGUGCCGGCACGACUGGUGCCGGCGCCAAGGAUGCAAGGGGCGCCACUCGCAUAGGUGCAGGCGGCUUCGCGGAGCUGCGCGGGCGGCUGCUGUCCCCCGCCACCUCGUCCUGCUGCACGCCCGCACCGGCCAGCAGCAGUGGAGGCGGCGGCGGCGGCGGCGGCGCCAGCGGCGGUGGCGCCGGCGGUGGUGGCGGCGGCGGGGGCGGCGGCGGCGGCGGCGGCGGCGCCGACCCUGGGGGCCGGGUUGGGCCCAGGCGCGGUGUGCAGCUUGAUGAUGGGGCGCUGGCCCACAACCGGCGGGGCCUGGCGGCUGCUCGCGACGCCUUACAAGGCCUGGGCCUCACGCCGGCGUCUGCCCGCGGCUCGGAGCAGCAGGAGCAGCAGUGGGCUCGGCGUGUGGUCACAGCAGCGGCCCCGCCCGAGCCUGGCGCCGCUGUCGCUACCGUGUCACUCGCAGUAGCCGCCCGGGCAAGCGGGAGGGGCGCGGCAGUAGCAGGCGCCGGGCCGGCAACACCAGGCGGCCCACAGCUGGCACUGGCUGACCGGCUGAUGCUGCGGGCGUCGGCGGCGGCGACAAAGCAGCGGAAACAGGCGGCAAAAGCCAAGGAAGCAUCAGCGGCCGCUGCGCCGCAGCCGCAUCAGCAGCUGCAGCAGGUUCCAUCAGGGGCGCUGUCACCGGCCCCCUCCACCUACAGGCGAAGCCACCGGAGCACGGGCGGUGGCGGCAGCGGUGCCGGCGGCGCAGGCGAGGCGGGUGGGCUGGUCCGGCGGCUGCGGCGCGCGGGCGCGCGGGCUGCGGCCAUGGGGGCGCGGUUGCGCGGCGAGCAGCGCAAAGCAGCCGAGGGCGUGUCCGCGCUGGCGGCCCGGCUGGCAGAGCAGGCGCAGGAGAGGCAGCAGCAGCACCAGCAGAAGCAGGCGGCCAAGGGCGGCCGAAGCGGCGCCGCUGACGGGGCCGAGCACGCCGAACACGCCAGCAGCGGUUGUAGCAGCAGCGACGAGGAAGAGGACGCCGACGACGCCAGCUGCUACAGCCUCGACGCGGCUGCACCGCAGGGCCGGCGGCCGCGGCUGCGCCGUCGCCUGCCCUUAGGCGUCAAGACGGCGGCGGCGGCAGGCGGCGGUGCUGGUGCUACUGCUGGUGCCGGCGCGGCUCUGGAAGCCGCAGUGCCGGCGCUCGCACUGCGUGUGAUCGGCCGUGCCGGGCUGAUGGGUCUCGGUCUGGGAGUGGGAGGCAGUAGCAGCCCAAGGCCCUCCGGUGCCGUGUCAGCAGCGGCGGCAGUAGCAGAAGGGGCUGGCGAGGACACGGACGCGUCAUGCCCGCCGUCCGUGGCGCCAUCCGAAGCCGCUAGCCUGGGCGGCCGCUACGCCCACGCCGCCGCGGCCGCGGCGGCCGCCGUGGCGGCGGCGGCGCAGCAGCGGGAGCUGGCGCGGCUAGGCUUCACGGCCACAGGGCAGCACGCAGCCGCGGCCGCCGCACCUUCCUACCAGCACCAGGGCCGGGCUUUGGAUGAGCGGGCCAAUCGCAGCAGCAGUGCAAUUGCGAAACCUGCGCAGGGAGAGGAGGAUGCGAGGUGCACCAGUGGUGGCAGCAGCCCGCGGGGCGCCGGCCAUGGGGAGCCGCCGCUGGAGCGGUGGCAGCAGCAGGCGCUGAGGGCGGCGCAGCAGCAGCGGCGGCUGCAGGCGCGGCUGGAGGCGGCUGCCAGCGCCGCAGCCGCAGCGGCGGCGGCUGCAGCGGGGCCGGGAGCCGGCGCGGCUCCAGCGGGAGUGGGGGCAGGCAGGCCCUGGGCGGCGACUGCGGAGGAGGAGGAAGUGGAGGAGGAGAAAGGUGACGCGGGCCCGCCCUCCCCUGUCACCGGAUCGGGUGGCUGCUUGGACUGGGAGGAGGACGCACGGGCCGGCGCGUCGGCCGGUAGCACCGCAGCCGUGGAGCUGCAGGGCCCACGGCAGCAGCCGGAGCUGCAGUCCGCCGAGGAGGAUGAGGGGGAGGAGCUGGAGGAGGGCGAGGAUCAUGAGGAGGAGGACUAUGGGGAGGAGGAGGAGGAGCUGGAGCUGGAGGGGGAGGGGGAGGAGGGCCGCCCCAUGGUGGAGGACUGGGACGGCGAGGCCUCGACGGCGGCUGACCCAGGUGAGUGGCCGCCGCUACUUCCGGCAGAGGAGCAUCCGCCACUGCCGGGUAGCGACGUCGCUGCCGCUACCACUCCCAAAGGCGGCGCCCAGCAGGCGAAGGCCGCCAAGGCGCGCGCCAAUGCACCUGGGAGGCGGCCGGGCACAGCGGCAGGCACCAGCACCGCAGCCCUGCCUGGACAGAGGCUGCCGCGGGCGGCGGUGUUGAGAGCGUCAGCGGCGGAAAAGGCGGGGCCUGCUGGGCGCACUGUGGCGAAGGCGGUGGCUGGCAGCAGCCGUGCAGUGACGGCGGCGGCGGCGGGCACUGUGGCGACAUCCAGCAACAAGGGCAGGCGCGCCCAGGGUCUGCGGCUGCUGUGGCCUGCGGCGGGGGGUGGUGGUUUGCCUGCAGGAGGCGCAGGGGCCGGGGCGCGUGCCAAGAUGGGAGGUGGCGGGGGCGGAGGCGGGCUGCUGUCCGCGCAGCAGCUGCGUGCGGAGUACCUGGCCCUCAAGCGGCAGCACUAGACGGCGGCCAGUGGCCUGCUGUGGCACCCCGUGUUGCAGCGGCGGGGCGUUGGCGACUGGGUGCACAUAGUGUAAGCGUCCCUUGGCAUCCGCGGGGCGUUUUGAUGCUUACACAUGGGGCAUGCAGUGAAUGCCCGUCAUGUCGUACAGCUGGUGUGGGACGGAGGUGUGGGCGUGCGGGGCGUCCGGACUAGGCCGUACAGCUGGUACAUGCGGCAGUCCAGAGUGCGGAGAUGUGGACACGCGGGACGUUCUUGUAAUGAGGUGCGACGGCGGGCGACCACCUGGCAUUUCCAGCCCCCUGUCUUUCCGCAAGCCCAUGCCGCAACCCGUGGCUGUGGCUGUAGAGCUACACGCCUGCAUCGGUAUCAUAGACAGGUGCGCUACAGGGGUGCGCCCCACGGGUGCGCUAUGUAGGCAGGUCAGGCGCACAAAACAUUGGCAGUAAGGUGCUAAGCUGUGUGGCUGCUGCGGGCACAGUCUGUGGCACAGGAUGUUGUGGCGCGUGCGGGUGGUGUGCGUGCGCGCAUGUAAGCAUAUCGCAUGUGUGCGUGCCUGUGUGAUUGUGUGUGUGAGUAUGCGUGCAGGGUCAAGCCAUGCCCCCAGCAUCCCCAGACCUGCCCCGUCAGUCGGUUGCGUGGCGCCAAACCAAUGACUAAACCAUGCGAGGCAGGGAAGUUCAAGAACACGCUCGUCUUGGGCCAAGCCAUGCAUGGGUCGGCAGCUGGGCAGUGUGGGCAGGAAAACAGGCAGCGAUGUCUGCAUGAAAUGGA